UGCUUUCUUAAAACCUUCUCUAACAUGUAAAACACUGAUUAAGAAUCUUCUAUUAAUAAUUCAAUUGUAAAAGUUUCAGAAUAGGAAAUUUAUGUUAUAAAAAAAAAGCAUAUAAAAAAGUCAUCAAGAAGAAUCCAUAAAAUACCAAUACGAAUAUAAUAAUAAUUGUUCAUAUAAGUUUUUUAGGAGGGGAAAUAAAUCAAAUAAGUAAGAGAAACAAAUCAUCACAUUAGGUUGCUCAUGAUUUAAAAUUAAACUAUUCCAGUGCUAAAUCCUUAAUACAUUAUUAUAAAAACAAUAAAAGACCUGCUCCUGUUUAAGUUGUUGAUGUUUUAAAUGGAAAAAAGCCAUGUCCUUACAAAAACAUUCACAAUUACUAGAAUGCUUAGUAUAAUCUAAAAAUAGAAGUUUGGCUAAAGCAUUCAUUUAUAAAAGCCUAUAACUUCUUUGAGAGAUUAAAAAAGCAAGAAUGA